UUUUUCUUUUGUGUUAAGCAAGAAGGACGCGGCUGGAAGGCGGUUGUGUUGUUGUACCUCAGCUGAAUAUUUCAGUAGUUUCAGCAACCAUGUCUACAGUUCAGUAUCUGAGGGAGUUUAUCAGAGAGCGACUAACUGCUGCUGCUGAAGAAAUCUUCACCGAGGUUGAAAAAACCAUCAUCCGCUACGAGGACGACAUCAAACUGCUGGAAAUCUGCUGGAAACCUCAGAUAAAACUCAACCGAAUCGAUCAGCGAAAGCAACAUGUCAGCAUCAAAGAGGAAGUUCUUCCUGAGCCACAGAUCUGGAACCAGCGGAGGAGCUCCAUUCAGGAGUCAGAACCUUUACAGAUUAAACAGGAACCAGAACCUCUAGAGAUAAAAGAGGAGCCAGAACCUCCAAAGAUACAAGACAUUAUGGAGGAACCUGCUCAUCUUCAGAUUAAAGACGAUACAGAGGAACCAGAACUUGGAGCUACUGUGGUCUGGUACCAGGAAGAACCCAGACUGCUGGAUAUCUCCUGGAAUUCCCACACUAAUCGCAACAGAAUGGACUUCCAAAAGCCACAAGUUUCCUUUGAGGAGAAAGCUUCAACCGUCCACCAUGUCUGUCACCAGUGGCAGAGGUCCAGUCAUGACCAGGAGGAAGCAGAAGCUCCAGUGACUGAAAAAAGGGAACCAGAACAUCCAUGGAUUAAAGAAGAAAAGAAGGGCCCAGAACUGGUUCAAGAAUGGAAAGAUCCAGAAACUAAACAGAUUAAGGAAGAAAAAGAACCAGAAUCUCUGUCAAUACAUGGAACAAAUGAGGAAGUAGAUAUUUCAGUGCUUAAACAUGAAGAGAAUAUUUACGAAGUAGACAGGGCCGGAAGCACCUCUGCGAACCUCUGCAGCAGUCAGGAGGGAAAGCUGCUUGUCCAGAAACAGGAUGUUUCUGUGAUGGAAACAUCCGCUCUUCAGGAAGGCGAUUUCAGUGAACAAGAAAAAACAACUGAGCAGCUUUCCUUUCAAAUUUCUCCUGGAGUUGAAAGCAAUGAUCAGGAAGGAAGCAGCUGCUCUGUGUCAAAGAGUCAGUCUCUUACUAACAAAAAGCAAAGGUCUUUCACAUGUGAUCUUUGUGGGAGAAGUCUUAUAAGUCAGUGCAACUUGGAAAGGCAUUACAGAGCCCAUAAUGGUGAGAAGCCUUUUUCUUGUCAAACAUGUGGUAAAAGUUUCAGCCAAAUGUAUAGAUUAAAUGAGCACAAGAGAAGCCACACAGGUGAAAGGCCUUUUUCUUGUCAAAAAUGUGGAAAAACCUUUGCUCGAAUGGAAUGUUUAAACGUUCAUAAGAGAAUUCAUACAGGUGAGAAGAGUUUUACAUGCGAUACGUGUGGGAAAACUUUCUCUCACGGUUUUUAUUUUAAGCUGCACAAGAAACUUCAUACAGGUGAGAAGCCUUUUUCAUGUGAAACAUGUGGAAAAUGUUUUACAAUUGGUGCAAAUUUGAAUGUUCACAAAAGAAUCCACACAGGUGAGAAGCCUUUUUCAUGUCAAAAAUGUGGAAAAAGCUUCUCUCGAAUUGAUCAUUUACAUAAACACCAGAGCAUCCACACAGGUGAGAAGCCUUUUCCAUGUCUAACAUGCGGAAAAAGCUUCUCUCGGAUUCAUCAUUUAAACACACACAUGAAAAUACACACAAGUAAGAGGGAUUUUCCAUGUGAAAUUUGCGGAAAGCGUUUCAUGUAUGCUAGUAAAUUGGAUUACCACAAGAAACAAAAACACAUAAGUGAGAAAUAGUCAUUUAUCUCACACAGAUUUUUUAUUAUACAUAUUAUUAUACAUAUUAAAGCUUUUCUUAUAUCAGAAAAUAUAUCAGAAAAGGAAAAGGCAGAAAUUCUGUUUAAACAUGGUUAGGAGUGAGGUUUGGGAUAUUUGGUUUAUCACACCUUUCGGACCAGGUCUUAGGAAACCUCUCUGAGUCUGUGAACAUCAGCAGUUUGGACCUAAUGGACAAAUGUCUUUUUCAUACCACCGUCGACCCCUGAUUAGUUGGGAGACGUCUAUUAAUGUUUUCUUUCUGUUGCGCAUAUUAAUAAAAUAUUCAAAAGACAAUAUUAGACGGGAAACUGAAAUGCCUAAGUGAGAUGCUACUUGAUAUAUAACUGAUGUUUGCAAACUCUAUAUAUCUGAUGUUUGCAAAGCAGCCAAUCCAUAAGUGUCAGUAAUUUUCCUUUCCUUUCCCCAAUAGCCGAGAUGAGAAAGACCUUGGAUUUUGGCUACUGCAGUCAUGCCAAGACUUGUUUACACUUAAGGUAUAUUUGGUGUUUAACUAUCAAAAUAGGCAGUUUUAUGUGUUUCAAAGUCUCAAGUGUUCUACAUCACCUAGAUAAAAUACAUCUCAGUUUUUACAUUUGAAAUUUGGUUACUUAAGACCAAAUUAAGUAACUGUAGGUAGUGCUUUGGUCCCGUUCCAGACCGGGGCCUCUGGACUAGUUGGAAUUUUUGUAAUUAGCAUUUUGACUAGCGUAGUGAGGUUAGAGUCUUUGUUGGUAUGAUGUUUAGUCCUUGUUAAGGCUGCACUGAUUGUGGUAGAAACAGAUUGAUCUCUGUGGAGACGUCCACUGAGAGAGAAGUCCUAUGACAGCCAACCGGUAAAAUGGCAUCAGAAAAAUCCAAGCUACUAGGGUCUGCCUGAAAGUCCCAUAGUAGACUGUUGUAGUAUGCUUCUUAGCAGGUGGUUAUAGUUGUUCCCAAAGGACUGGUAAAACUGGUCUCCAUGAAGUGCACUAGUUUUUGGAUUAUGUUGCAAUUUUUCUGCGUAAUGCCAUUUGCUUUUCUGUCAUCACAUCUUCCCCUUUGUAGCAAAUCAGUAAUUUUUGAUUGAGAAGUUAACACUGCUUCCCCAUGCAGCAUAGUUGAAUGAGCGCUGUUUGGAUGAAGCUUAAUGAGUGAAUUUACGCCUAGCCUUCAUUUGCUGUUUUUCACUCUGUGCUGUUCUUAGCAGCAAAGACUGUAAUAAAAUACCAAAUGAUUCUUUAAGUUGGAAAAAGUAAAACCAGUUUUUUUUUUUAGCAUUCUUGAACACAUUUUGUUGAGUUCUGACACAUUAAAUAACAGUCGUUUCACUGUGGACGUGAGCCAAUUUCAUGUGUUGUUGACUUUUUGGAGGCUCAACUCCAAAAUAAAGCCGUUAUGUUGCUUCCAACAUUCCAAAUUCGAGUCGGACUUCUUGGAUGCAUUUUUUAUGUGAUGUCUAGUAAUUAAAGGAGUGAUUACUAGACACUCCUAUCUAGAGUUGACUAUCUAGAGUCAAACUUGACUCUAGAUAGUCAAGUUUGAUCGUCUUCUCGGCGCUCCGCCAGGGGCCGUGGCCGACCCCCGGCGGGGCCGAUCCGAGGACCUCACUGAACCAUCCAAACGGUAGUAGCAACGGGCGGUGUGUACAAAGGGCAGGGACUUAAUCAACGCGAGCUUGUGACCCGCUGAAUCUGAUGCACAAAGAGAGAAUAACUGAUAAAGUUGUUCAACAUGUGAUAAUUUAUGACACCUAAACACACAUUCUGUGACGUGCAGCAUUGAGGGAACACCAGGAGAUAAAAGCUUCUUAAAGGAAUUAUUCAUCUGUUGGACUGAACAGUAAACAACAGUAAUUAAAAUCCACUUGCAUAAACAGCUUGUGUCUCAGUAUUUGCUCUGUUUGUUUUACUCCAACAUAUCAGCUCAGAACAGGUCUGGUAAUGAGCCAUUCAUUUGAUCCUGGUGUGUUGGAGCAGGGAUGCAUCUGAAAGUUGCAUGUGGUAGCUCUUGAGGACUGGAUUUGAGUAAACCUGUUGUAGUCUUUGGCUGCUGCCGAACACUGUUACCUUCAAGUCCACUAAGCAGAUCCACAGGGGUGUUCAGUAAAUAUGGAGGUUUGCUUUUGAUCUCAGAAUGGUAACUUAAUUCUUACUGCUAAAAACAAGUAAAACAAAAAGCAAUAUUAUUGACAGAGGCCCUACUAUUUUUCUAUUUAUAAAAAAACCUAAAAAAAACCUUAUCGAUCAAAGACCCUUAGACGUGUCCUAACUUUCCCCCCUGUAUGCAAGCUGAAAUGUUGGCACUGAAAAUUAGCAAAUGUGCAGAUACGGUUAAAAUGUUUCUUUUUGGAACUUAAGGCACUGCGUUGUGCCUUAAGUUCAUCUGUGGUGUAACUACAGUAAAACUAUGAUGAAGAAACUGCAAGUAGCCAAUCAGGACGCUUUCAGAAUCCUCCUAAAAUUUCCACAAUGAACGUCUUCAAAUCAAAUGUUUGUCAUGAGUAGCAUACCAACUUUUCAUGUUUUGCUGAGGAAUUUCAUGUGUAAAUUUAUGUGCUGCUUGGAUGUAACAAACAACUUAAUAAAAGCUCUGACACCUGACAUAAACAUAUAUUAGAUAUAUUUCUAGCUUUUUUAAACUAUUGGAAUAAUUGUUUAUCUGCUUUGUGAUGGGGUUUUUUACUUGAUGAUUGGUGCAUUUCAUUUUUUUUCUAAAUGGCAUGGACUACUUUUUGUCUCGAAAUAAAGAUUAAUUAAUA